CUAACAUCUUUAUUAUUAGAGGAACCAAAACUCCUCUAUUUGCUAUAUUGAUUUUGUUUUCUCAAUAUUAUUAAAUUCCCCAUGCUCUCAAAUAAACACAUGGUUUCAACUUAAUGUUUCUUUUUCUUUUUCCAUGUAGUUUAACAUGUAUGUUCCAAAUAUUUUCUGCUUUUGUGGGCCUGUAGUUUUCAUCUGUAAAAUAGAAAUAUAUCUGUUUCAGGUGGGGAAGACACAGUGCAGCAACUGCCUCAUAUGGGCCAAAAGUGACAAUGUAGCAAGGGAUGUAAUUAAACUCUCAUCAAAUAUUACUGUUGGAUACAUUGUAAUGAGAGAAUAUUCAAGUGGAGUUAGGUCAACUUUGUUGAGAAUGAAAGGUGCGGAGGUUGUUGGUGUCUAUCAUGGAUUGAUUGAUGAAAAGAUCGUGAGAGUUCUGCACAGGAGGAACAAAAAGGUGUAUGCUUGGACAGUUGAUGAUGUAGAAUCCAUGCGAAGGAUGUUGGUGGAACAUGUUGAUGCUAUUAUUACGAGCAACCCAACUUCUCUUAAACGCAUAAUGCAAGAUAUCAAGCUUCAAUGUCUUGAAGAAGGUUUUUCGUUACCACACUAAACAAAUUUUCAAGAAUUUUAGAGCUUCAUUAUAUGUUGUCAUCAUUAAAGUACUAAUCCUUUCUGUAACAUACAUUUAACAAGAAACUCAAGUAUAUUUCUUUUUUUAA